UUUGAGAAUUAAUUGCAGUUUCGGAAGUUUUUCCCAUUUUUAAACCUGACUGAAUCAGCAAAAUGCUUGCUCCAGUUCCAGAAUUAUGGAAGUACAUCCCUGAAGAAAUCCUCAUCCAGAUUUUCUACUAUCUUUCUCUUCGAGACAGAUACACAGUCUUCCAGGUGUGCAGACAAUGGGCUACAGCCGUUUCUUCUAGCUCUGUUUGGCACUUCACAGAGAUCAGCUGUGAUUCAGAGGAUGAGGAAGGUAUGCUGCAGAGCCUGCUCCAGUUCCUCAGCCAAAUCAAACACCUGAAGAUUGUGUUUGACCAGUCCAAGGAGGUCAACCGGAAGAAUGUGACACGCAUCUUGGAUGUGUUGGCGAAACAGAACCACAAACUGCAGCAGCUGUGCAUUGUGUGCCAUGGGGAGAACCCCUAUUUCUACUCUGGCCAGGACAUCCUACAGAGUAUACGGAAUAUAUGUGACACUGAAAAUCAGAUAAAUCUUCAGCAUAUUGAUUUUCGAAAAAUGCCCUUCACUCUCGAUGAUGAGCUUGUUGAACUCUUAGCUACCGCCAACCCAAACUUGCACAGUUUGUUCAUCAACAACCGCACCUUGGUAUGCAACGUGGCACCAGAAACCAUUAGGAAAGUUCUCAGAGCAUGUCCCAAACUCUCAGCCUUGGGGGUUUAUUAUGCCAGUUUGUCUGACGAUGUGUUUCAGGAACUCCUCCAGCCCGAAAGAGCAGCUUUCACCCAUUUAGACAUUUUCUGUGAGCGCCUGGACAAAUAUAUACCAGUUAUCUCGGAUGUAAGUCAAAAGCAUCCUCAACUCUGUGUAGACCUAGAGUUUGAUCAUACGGUCCCUGCCAGCAAAAUACCACGGAUCCUAAAGCUGAAUAUACCUGUGAGCACACUGCAACUUAACACCUAUAAUUACAUGGUAGAUCAGAUUAGGUUUGUCACUCAGAGCUACAGCAGUACUUUAAAGAAGCUGACGCUGCAAACCACGUCCUCGGAGGACUUAAAUUCCUCGCUCGUAGAUCUGGCUAGGCAGUGCAGAAAUCUGCUGGAGGUGCACUGCUACUGUGUGGUCAGCCAGGAGGUGGUAGAAGCGUUCCUCACACACUGCGCCAGUCUGAAACAGUACACUCUGAAGGUCACCAAGGAACGGCACCCCUGGAAACCAGUAACAGUUCAGUGA